UUGAUGGGGAAACAGAAAAGACAAAAGCCAUGUGCUGAUGAUGUUUUUUGGCUAAGUUUCUAUAAACCCAUGAAGGCAUACCUUCAAUCUAUAAAUGCGCCUUUCUGAAUCUCUAAGCUUCACAAAUUCUCAACAUUUUCAGGAAAACAAGAAAAAAGAACUGUCUGAAUCAUUGUUGCAAGUAAAAAAAAACAGAAGAUCUAUAUUUCAAGUUCCAUGGCGAUUAGGGUUCCUCGCUUGCUUCAGACAUCAAAGCAAAUCCUCCGACAAGGAAAAUCAUUCUCACACUCAAACUCUGUCGAUGUUCCAAAAGGGUACUUUGCAGUUUACGUUGGAGAAAUCCAGAGGAAGAGAUUUGUGGUUCCGAUAUCGUUCUUGAAUCAGCCUUUGUUUCAAGAUUUACUAAGAAAGGCGGAAGAAGAGUUUGGGUUUGAUCACUCAAUGGGCGGCCUCACUAUCCCAUGCAGUGAAGAAACCUUUGUCGAUCUCACCUCUCGACUCAACAGCUCACGACGAUGACUCACUCCUUAGUUGAUAGACUUAGCCGUCCAUUCUUGUACAAAUUUUCCAUCAGUUUCUUCCUUUCUCCUGCCCCAUGAGAAGAGUGAACAUAAAAAUCUCUCCUGGGAAAGGAAACUGAUGUGACUGCUUUUUCCUCCCUCGCGUUUCAGUGAGUUUGCAAUUGAUCUAAAGAUCUUGAUUAAAUCGGUGUCUUAGUGCAUCACCAUUCAAGAAAUCCAAUCUUGUACGUUGUCUUCAAAUUAAAGAAACAUUUCAGUUCAGCGUUAUAAGCUGGUCUUGGUUUUU